CUUUUCAAAAAUAACAUAUAGCAACAUAUAUUAGAACCGGGGAACAAAGAAUUACACGUUCCAUGAAAUGGUCAAAGGAAACUAGAACUCAAGAAAGGGUAUUAAAAAUCUAACUCAUGUUUGCACAUUAAUUCAGUAUUUAUAUUAUUUCUUUGUUGUUAAUUAAUUGAUUAUUUAUAAUGUACAAUACGUGAGGGCAAACUUGGAAUUUUAAAAGUUCAUGAGGGUAUAUGGGUAAAUUCUCAUCAUGAAUUUUGAUAAGCUACAGAUUCCACAUCAAUAUGUGGGAUUUAGUAUUUACAGGUCCGUGGGGUCCACAAAUUUGAACCGUUAAAAUCCGUAGGCCCCUCCUAAACGAAAUCUAAGCAAACGAUGGAUUCGGCUUAAAUCCAUGAUGGAAUGGAUUUAGGUAUUAAAUCCACCAUUCAAAUCCACGAACCGCAAGACCCCUAGUCCUCUAGAUUUUAUUAGGACGAAAACGUAGCAUACGAUGAGUGUACAAGCUUUCUGUUGUUAACAAUCGGAUGCUAAGUUUUUCUAAUGAUAUUGUUAGAAUAUGACUUGAUUUGGGUUUGUUUUGUGUUUUAGGCCUGUUCUGUUUGGGUUUGGGAUUGGGUUUUGUUUUGACCUCUUCCUUGUAUGUUUGGGAAAAAGUGUUUGGUUUUUCUGUUUGGGAUUAGGAGAAAAGUUCUAUAAAUACUCUUCAUCACCCUAGUCUGUAGUAAGGUCAGUCAGGUUAGUUUGUUUGGUUUGUUCGUUUGGAAUUUGGUUUGUAACCUGUACUCUCCUCAAAUUAGUGAAAUUUGUCUCCCUGCCCAUGGAUUAGCUAGCACACAUUGUGUUAGUGAACCACGUUAAAUUUGUGUUCGUUCGUGUUGGUUUGGAUUAUCGAUUGCCACGUUUCUGUUUUGACAGAUAUGUUCGUAGUGGUGCACAUAUGGUCAUUCCAAUGGUUUGUCCGUUUUAUCAUUAUUAUAUUAUAAUAAUGAUAAUACAUUAACUAGUAAGCUUCUGGUCCUUAGGGAUGUUCUCAGAUGGUGUCUUUCACAUUCAGUAACUAAAGUUUUGUUUUGCGGUGAUUCGCAAGUGACCAUCUGCUUGGUUAACUUGAAGGAUUCUGAGCAUGCGUUGAAUGGAAGCCUCCUUUUUUGGUGUUCAGGUUUUAGGUUCCCGUUGUAGCAUGCCUCGUUUCACUUCGCACCAUGUAAGUACGGUAGGGUUAUCCAUAUUUUGGCAAAAAAUGCCCUCUCGUCAUUGAAUCGUUGGUUUGUCGAUCAAGGGCUGUUAAUUCUUUUUUGUAAUUGUUUGUGCCCAAACAAUUCGCCUUACUGGUCACACCUUAGGCUCCUUACCUUGGAGCCUGAUCUUCUGAGCGCCCGAUUCCUACUUAACCCCCUGUAGGCGCCUCACCUUGAAGCCCGCUCCUUGGGGCGCCUUGGUCCUGCUAGCCAAUCCUUAGGCGCCUGACCUGACACACGCACUUGAAGCCCGCUCCUUGGUGCGCCUCAGUACUGCUAGCCAAUCCUUAGGCGCCUGACCUACACACACACUGAGGGGGGCGUCUGGGCCCAUUAAUCCUCCGACGUCCAAGUUAGUUCCAAUUAUAGAGAGAGAAGUAUGAAACUAUAAGUUUAGUGAGAGAGUCCAACCUGCGUAAAUGCUACCAACUGCCACUAUUUAUACUCACCGAGAUCGAGGUGGAUAUCCUCCACGUCACCCUCUCAUUAAAUGCUUUGUACCUUCACUUCUGUCAGAAGCCCCAACCACCUUGUCAGGCUUCUGUCGGCUGGCAGGCGCCCACAGGCGGGGGACCACUUGCCAGCCUGGACCUCUUUGGCCCUUAGUGCUUUAUCUCCAUGCCUAUGCUGCCUGGAGUGCAAUGGGCUUUGUGGGCUUCUUCUCCUGACCCAUUACCUUGGGCUACUUUCAUCUGAAUGGGCUCUUCUUGGGCCCCUUUAGUAAUGCCCCCAACAAUUCCGGGCUUCUUCUCCUGGCUCAUUGCCUCGGGCUACCUUCACCUGAAUGGGCUCUUCUUGGGCCCCUUUAGUAAUAUCCCCAACAAUUGCCCCCCAGUUAGGCGCUCAUAGUCCCUUACUUGAGUGCCUAACUGAUCUCUUGGCCUGGACACUUAGUAUGCACCACUCAUUCUUAGCGGCGCUCAAUUAUCCGCCUAAGUUUAACUUUCUGGCCCCCAAGUCCUUGUCAUCAUUCAACGCUCGUCCUGCGCUCGGGCGCCCGCUCGUGUGACCAAAUGGGCCCUCUUUGUAAUACCCCCAACAAUUGCCCCCCCAGUUAGGCUCUCAAGUUCCCAAAGCUUGAGGGCCUGACUAUACUGUCUCGUCUCACCACUAGAAUAAGGCGCUCACUGUGUCUCGUGGCAGGCGCCUGGUUCUGUCAAGGUGGGGCGCUUCCUCCUGAGCAACUUUUCCGUACUUAGGCGCUUCACGCAUCUUCGCUCGGUGGGAUGCCUCGUCCUUACGUAGUAAAUGCCCCCCUUUCCUUGUUACAGGCGCCUCAGUCUUAUUGAAUCAUGCGCCUGUUAAUUAUUGAUUUUCCUCCUUCUGGACCUAGGCACCUGGGUUGCGUGCUCUCCUUGCUACCCAAAUUCGACCUACUGACCUUUCUGGGCCCAAAUGUGGGGUUUUCUUUCCACUGAUCCAAUGUGCUACAUUGAGCUUUUACUUGAACUUGUUCCUUUGUAAUACCCCCAACAAUUGCCCCCCAGUUAGGCGCUCAACACUUGGUAUCUUGAGUGCCUAACUACCUCCAUAGUGGUACGCCUGUCUCUUUUUUCUCUGAUUGACUUUUUCACACAAGUCUCCUUGAUAUGGGGCUCGCUCAAUGCCCCCCUCAAAUUUAUUGACUCAUUCUGGAUAGGCCUCUUUUUGGAAAAGGCGUCUGUUAAAUGCCCUUCACACGCUUAUUGACUUAUUCAUAACGGGCGCCCUACCUCUGCCAAAUAUACGCCCCUACAUUCAAUGACCCUUUAUGGCAAGCGCCCGACCGUUGCGAGAUACGUUGCAUGGUGACAGGCGCCCAACUCGCCAAGAUAUUCAGUGACCGCUUUAUGCCAGGCGCCCCCAACUUUUAUUAACAACUUUACGAUAGGCACCCGAAAUUAAAUAUUCACUUUAUCAAAAUUGUGCUUUCUCUAUACUCCUAACAAUUGCCCCCCAGUUAGGUGCGCAAUAUAUCCAAUUGAGCGCUGCAUACGUUAAUCGUUCAUGACAGGCGCCUCCCUUUGCAAGACACACGCCCCACAUCCUUACUUUCGGGACAGGCGCCUGCAAAAUGCCACAUCUCGUCUAUCGUCACAUUCGUGACAGGCGCCUUGACCGUUGUAUACGUUGCUCGUUCAUGACAGACGCCUCCCUUUGCAAGACACGCGCCCCACAUUCUUACUUUCGAAACAGGCGCCUGCAAAAUACUCCUUUUCGUUUAUCGACACAUUCAUGUCAGGCGCCCGACCGUUGCAUACGUUGCUCGUUCAUGACAGGUGCCUCCCUUUGCAAGGCACACGCCCGACAUCCUUACUUUCGAAACAGGCGCCUGCAAAAUUUCUCAUCUCAUUCAUCGUCACAUUCACGACAGGCUCUUGACCGUUGCAUACGUUGCUCGUUCAUGACAGACGCCUCCCUUUGCAAGGCACACACCCCACAUCCUUACUUUCGAAACAGGCGCCUGCAAAUGCCUCCUCUUGUUCAUCGUCACAUUCAUGACAGGCGCCCGACCGUUGCAUACGUUGCUCGUUCAUGAUAGGCGCCUCCCUUUGCAAGGCACACGCCCUACCUCCUUACUUUCGAAAUAGGCACCUGCAAAAUACCCCCUUUCGUUUAUCAUCACAUUCAUGACAGGCGCCCGACCAUUGCAUACGUUGCUCGUUUAUGACAGGCGCCUCCUUUGAAAGGCACACACCCCACAUCUUUACUUUAGAAACAGGCGCCUGCAAAAUACCCCCUCGUUUAUCGUCACAUUCAUAACAGGCACCCGACCGUUGCAUACGUUGCUCAUUCAUGACAGGCGCCUACCUUUGCAAGGCACACACCCCACAUCCUUACUUUCGAAACAGGCGCCUGCAAAAUUUCUCCUCUCCUUUAUCGUCACAUUCAUGACAGGCGCCCGACCAUUGCAUACGUUGCUCGUUCAUGACAGGCGCCUCCCUUUGCAAGGCACACGUCCUACAUCCUUACUUUCGAAACAGGCGCCUGCAAAAUACCCCCUUUCGUUUAUCAUCACAUUCAUGACAGGCGCCCGACCAUUGCAUACGUUGCUCGUUUAUGACAGGCGCCUCUUUUGAAAGGCACACACCCCACAUCUUUACUUUAGAAACAGGCGCCUGCAAAAUACCCCCUCGUUUAUCGUCACAUUCAUAACAGGCACCCGACCGUUGCAUACGUUGCUCGUUCAUGACAGGCGCCUACCUUUGCAAGACACACACCACACAUCCUUACUUUCGAAACAGGCGCCUUCAAAAUGUCUCCUCUCGUUCAUCGUCACAUUCAUGACAGGCGCCCGACCAUUGCAUACGUUGCUCGUUCAUGACAGGCGCCUACCUUUGCAAGGCACACAACCCACAUCCUUACUUUCGAAACAGGCGCCUGCAAAAUGCCUCCUCUCGUUCAUCGUCACAUUCAUGACAGGCGCCCAACCGUUGCAUACGUUGCUCAUUCAUGACAGGCGCCUCCCUUUGCAAGGCACACACCCUACAUCCUUACUUUCGAAACAGGCGCCUGCAAAAUGCCUCCUAUCGUUCAUCGUCACAUUCGUGACAAGCGCCUGACCGUUGCAUACGUUGCUAACUCAUGACAGGCGCCUCCCUUUGCAAGACACACGACCCAACAUCCUUACUCUCGAAACAAACUCUUAUAAAAUGCCUCGUUUCAAUUGUGUAAACUUGAGGCUUGGAGUGCCACGUUACAUUCUAUCUCGACAACUUUGAUAUUCCGGGCGCUUUGAGUAUUUCGGGCGCUUUAGGUAUUGCGGGGCGCUUUGUGUAUUACGGGCGCUUUACAUCUCCCUUAGAGAUCUUUCAAAUAUUAGGACGCUAGAUUUGGGCGUGGAGAGUAUUUCCAAUCAAGGGCGCUAUAUUUC